GGUUACUAGCUUGGGACUUACGUUACAGGUUCACUGUCUCAAUCAACUUCCUGAAAUCGGAGCUAGUUGAUGCAUAUAAAGAGGAAGAAUUUUAUUGGCAGCAAAGAUGUAAGGAGAAGUGGGCUACUAAAGGUGACUUGAAUACGAAGUAUUAUCAUGCCUCAGUCAAGUAUAAUAGAGCUAGAAAGCAAAUUACCAAGCUGAGGGAUGAAAAUGGCCAAGAUCAUUUUUCGGAGGAAGCCAAGGGUGAAGUAGCCAGUGAAUACUUUAGAAAUCUGUUCAAGUCUACCAAUGGCGGGGAUUUCUCUCAGUUGUUUGAAGGGUUCUCGAGUCGUGUGUCGCCUAGUAUGAAUGAGUCCUUAUCUAAGGAAGUGAGCAAUGAAGAGAUCAUCUCAAAGAUUAUGGUUUCUAGGCUGAAGCCAUUGAUGGCAGAUAUCGUGUCUCCAACGCAGUCUGCUUUCGUGGAAGAAAGACUUAUAACUGAUAAUAUCCUCAUUGCACAUGAGGUAAUUCAUGCGUUGAAAACCAAUGAGCAGAUGUCGUCGGGGUUUAUGGCAAUCAAACCAGACAUGUCGAAGGCUUUCGACCGUGUUGAAUGGGGUUACCUGCGUGCUCUGCUUCGAGCAUUAGGGUUUGAAGAGAACUGGAUUGAGAAGAUAAUGUUUUGUGUGUCAACGCAAAGAGGGUUACGGCAGGGAGAUCCAAUGUCGCCGUUUCUUUUUGUGCUUUGCACUGAGGGUCUGAUUCAUUUGAUGCACAAGGCAGUAGAGAAUGGGAGCAUACAUGGAAUUCAAUUCUCAGAGGAAGCGUCGGAGCAGGCAAAUAAGCUGAUAGAGAUUCUGCAAAUCUAUGAAAGUGCUACUGGGCAGUUAAUCAAUGUUGCAAAAUCUGCCAUCACUUUUGGAGUCAAGGUCAAAGACAAUAUCAAAGCUGAGAUCAAGCAAAUCACAGGUAUUGAAAAAGAGGGUGGUACGGGUUCCUAUCUAGGGUUGCCAGAGUGCUUCAUGGGGUCAAAGACGGAGAUAUUGGCUUACAUCUAUGACAGACUUAGGGAUAGACUUUCUGGUUGGUUCGCUAAACUCCUAUCACUGGGUGGAAAGGAAAUCCUUAUCAAAGCAGUGGCAAUGGCAAUGCCUGUAUACGCCAUGUCUUGUUUUAAACUAACCAAGACAUCUUGUGAUAAUCUCACCAAGGCCAUGGCAGAUUUUUGGUGGAAUUCUUUGGAGCAUAAAAGAAAGAUGCAUUGGUUAAGCUGGACCAAACUUUGCCUGGCAAAAGAACAAGGAGGUCUUGGGUUUAAAGAUAUUCAGAGUUUCAACCAAGCUCUUUUGGCUAAGCAAGCAUGGAGAAUCUUAAACCAUCCUGACUCGUUGCUCGCCAUUCAGUUUGGGAAAGAUUUGCUGAGACAGGGUCUAAGAAAGCAUAUAGGAAAUGGUGAGACGGUAUCAGUUUGGGUGGAUCGCUGGAUUGAAGGCAAUGAGAGAAGGGCUCCCCUCAUGAAGAACAUUUUUGUCGACCUGUUGCUUAAGGUCAGUGAUCUGAUAGACCUUCAGAACAACUGCUGGAAUAUGGAAAAGCUUCAAGAGUUGUUUUAUCAGGAAGAUAUCGAUAGGAUUAUGUCUAUGAAAACAGCUUUUGGGGAAGAAGACUAUUGGGUAUGGGUGCAUAAUAAAAAUGGCAGCUAUUCGGUGAAAUCGGGCUAUUGGUUUAUCAACAAUCUGUGCAGAAGAGAAGAGAUCAGAGAAGCGGAAUCUCGUCCUUCACUGAAUGAUCUGAAAGCUGAUAUUUGGAAACUACAAACAGCCCCUAAAAUUAAAUCUUUCUUUUGGAGAGCUGUUAGUAAUGCAAUUCCAGUGGGGGAAAUUCUUGUGAAAAGGGGAAUCAAAAUGGACCCUUGUUGUCAGGAUUGUGGUGCUCAAGAGAGUCCAUUAAUCACAUUUUAUUCCAAUGCUCCAUUGCAAGACAAAAAUGGUAUCAUCUUUGAAGCAAAGAAAGUAUCAGCUUCUGAUCUUGUGGUUAAAGUGUUGGAAGAAGCAGAAUUUUGGUUGUUGGCUCAAAAGAAUGAACAGCAGAGGGAGAAAGAAGAACAUGAGGCAGGGAUGGUGUUAUAA